GACCACGCCCACAGUGGCGCACUGAGGAGGAGGAUCCACCGGAGAGAAGAAAGACGCAAACAUCAUGAUCUGAAAGUCCUCCGGCUGACAUCUAACGGCGCGUCUGCAGCUGUGAACCGACAUCAUGAUUCCUGUGACGGAAUUCCGGCAAUUCUCUGAGCAGCAGCCAGCAUUCCGAGUCUUGAAGCCUUGGUGGGAUGUGUUCACUGACUAUUUGUCUGUGGUCAUGCUAAUGAUCGGUGUGUUUGGAUGCACACUUCAGGUAGUUCAAGACAAAAUCAUUUGCCUUCCUCACAGAAUGCCAUCAGCAGACCAAGCCAUGCCUUCAGAGAACAAAAGUGAAGCAGAAACAGAGUCUGUGCCCCACGUGCAGUACCAUAUCUCAGCUGUACCCAGAGAAAUGUCAGGCCUGAAAACUGAUCUGGAUCUGCAACAGUACAGUUUCAUUAAUCAGAUGUGUUAUGAGAAAGCACUGCAUUGGUAUGCAAAGUAUUUUCCUUAUUUGGUUCUUAUACACACUCUUAUUUUCAUGGUGUGUAGCAAUUUCUGGUUCAAAUUUCCCGGCUCUAGCUCUAAAAUAGAGCAUUUCAUUUCCAUUCUCGGCAAGUGCUUUGACUCUCCUUGGACCACGCGUGCAUUGUCGGAGGUAUCCGGAGAAAAUCCCGAGGAAAAGGACCACAAAAAGAGUGCCACUGCGAGGUCCAGCAUUGCUGUGUCUCCUGGAGAAGGCAGUUUGGUAAAGACCCCGUCUCUCCGCUCUAUCCCGGAGAAGAUAGUAGUUGAUAAACCAACAGCAAGUGCUCUCGAUAAAAAGGAGGGUGAACAGGCUAAAGCACUUUUUGAGAAGGUGAAGAAGUUCCGUCUACAUGUUGAGGAGGGGGAUAUUCUUUACAUUAUGUAUGUUCGCCAGACAGUCUUCAAAGUGCUUAAAUUUCUCCUGAUUAUUGCGUACAACAGCAUGCUUGUAAUCAAAGUGCAGAACAGAGUGCGUUGUCAUGUUGAGAUCCAGGACAUGACAGGAUAUACACACUUUGAGUGUAAUCACACUAUGGCACAUUUGUUCUCCAAGCUGUCUUACUGUUACCUGUGUUUAGUGGCUGUUUAUGGGUUGACGAGCCUUUACACCUCUUACUGGCUGUUUUACCGCUCACUAAAAGAAUACUCGUUUGAGUAUGUGCGGCAAGAAACAGGCAUCAGUGACAUCCCAGAUGUCAAGAAUGACUUUGCUUUCAUGCUGCACAUGAUUGAUCAGUAUGAUCCACUCUAUUCUAAAAGAUUUGCAGUUUUUCUCUCAGAGGUCAGCGAGAACAAACUGAAACAGCUCAAUCUGAACCACGAGUGGACGGCAGAGAAGUUACGCCAGAGACUUCAGAUCAGUGCCAACAACAGGCUUGAACUUCAGCUCUUCAUGCUGUCCGGGCUGCCUGACACCAUCUUUGAACUGACAGAACUCCAGUCGCUCAAACUGGAGAUCAUCAACAACGUCACCAUCCCUGCCUCAGUGUCUCAGCUGCAAGACCUUCAGGAGCUGUCGCUUUACCAAUGCUCUUUGAAGUUACACACAACAGCUACCUCCUUCCUUAAAGAGAACCUGAAAGUACUUCGUGUCAAGUUUGAUGACAGCAGGGAACUCCCCAAUUGGACGUAUGGCCUUCGGAACUUGGAGGAGCUUUAUCUCACCGGGACAUUAAGCCCUGAUGCAUCCAAGAACAUAGUCCUGGAAUCAUUACGGGAGUUGAAGUGCUUGAAAACUCUCUCCCUUAAGAGUAAUCUGACAAAAAUACCCCAGUCUGUUGUGGAUGUUUCCAGCCAUCUGCAGCGCCUGUACAUCUACAAUGAUGGAACUAAACUUGUAAUGCUCAACAACCUGAAAAAGAUGACCAAUCUGACGGAGCUGGAACUGGUUCGCUGUGAUCUUGAACGCAUUCCACAUGCAAUCUUCAGCCUUGCAAACCUGCAGGAGCUUGACCUGAAGGAGAAUAACCUUCAAUCAAUAGAGGAGAUCAUCAGCUUCCAGCAUCUCCGAAAGCUCACUUGCCUGAAACUUUGGCAUAACAGCAUCAUGUAUAUUCCAGAACAUAUCAAAAAGCUUGGCAGCCUAGAACAUCUGUACUUAAGCCACAACAAGAUUGAAAUCUUGCCCUCACACCUGUUCUUAUGCAACAAGCUACGCUACCUGGACCUUUCCAACAAUGACAUCCGAUUCAUCCCUCCAGAAGUCGGAGUACUUCAGAGUCUACAGUAUUUCUCUGUCACUUCCAACAAAAUUGAAAAUCUACCAGAUGAGCUCUUCUUCUGCAAAAAGCUCAAAACUGUAAAACUUGGGAAGAACUCACUGUCUGUUCUCUCACCAAAAAUUUCAUACCUUGUCCAGCUGACAUAUUUGGAGCUCAGAGGCAAUCACUUUGAGGUCCUGCCACCAGAACUUGGAUGUUGUCGGGCUUUGAAACGCUGCGGUCUGAUAGUGGAAGACACACUGUUUGAAACACUGCCUUCAGACAUCAGGGACCAGAUGAAGGCUGAGUGACAUGCCUUAUUGUUGCCUCACUCAGUGCCUCCUGUUUGUCAAUUUACAGUACUUGAUUGGAAUUACCUCAUUGUCUUAUAUCAACUAUGCUUCUGUCAAGUAUUAAGUAAGAUCAGUUUUUAUUUUUGUAUUUUUUAUGACUUUUUUUUCUUUUACCAUGCUAUCAGGGCACAAAUCUUUAUAAGCGAAUAUUUACUCUCACUGUUGCAUAGAACAACUUGAUUAGGCAAUGCAAAUUUCAUUUUAUAAUUUUAUUAGUUCUUAGUAAACAGCCUAUUGUCUUUUGCUUUUGUUCUAGAGUCUGUUACUUCACAGUGUAUCAUGAAAUGUUGCAGGGGAAAUGCAAAUCAGAAGACAGCGUAUGCACAGGUAGCACCUCGGUUAAAUAAUUGUUGCUAUACGCACACGCUAUCAGAAGAGCAGUUCUAAGCUAAACAAUCAUACACGUGGUUUUCUUCAGAAUGUUUUCUUGAAAUAUCAAGUAUUUGCUGAAGUAUGUAAUCAAUUGCAGAAAUACAUUUUUAUAAGCAGUAUUUGUAUGUUAAUGGCCAAUAAAAUCUAUUUUACUUGUAUAUGUAAA